UUCUUUGCGGCUGGGAGAGAACUGGAGAUACAUCUGCAUACAAAUAGGAUUUGAGGGAACAACGGUUGCGCGCAGACAGAGCAGUGGAGCUGGAUCAGAUGAAUGUGUAAAAGAACCUCUCCAAGAUGACAUUGUACAAGGGUUCCAGGGAGACCAUACAGAGCCACACUGACACGCGGAGGACCUGGAAGCCAAAAAUGUUGUUGCUGCUAUAUGUUGUUAUGGAGCUAAUAACUGUUCACACCACAGCAGUUAUGGGAACAUUGGAAUUACAAUUAGAUGAGGAGCAGCCAGCAGGCACCAUUGUUGGUGAUAUCAGUGCUGGCUUGCCCCCUGGCAUUACUGCGUCGCUUUACUUUAUCUCAGAUCACGAGGGCACGGGAGUUGGCAGCGACCUGCACAUUGAUGAGACCACGGGCAUUAUCAAGACGGCUCGGCGCCUGGACCGGGAGGAGAGAGACCACUACAACUUUAUCGCAGUCACCAUGACCGGAAUCACCGUGGAAGUGUCCAUCACGGUGAAUGACAUCAAUGACCACGCGCCGGCAUUUCCCAAGAAGAGAGCAUCCCUGAAGAUCCCAGAGCACACUGUGGUUGGGACCAAGUUCUCCCUUGAGCCGGCCACCGAUGCUGACAAAGACCAGCUGACAACCCAGGGUUAUCUGAUCAAGGAUGGCAACGUUGGGCAGGUGUUCAGGCUUGAAACCAAGAGGGCGGCGAACAAGGCCCUCUACCUCGACUUGGUUGUCAAUGGCAUCUUGGACCGAGAGAAAAGGUCAUCUUAUUCUUUGCUUCUGGAGGCUUUUGAUGGAGGCAGUCCGAAAAAAACAGGCCAGAUGACCUUGGAUGUAUUUUUGCAGGAUAUCAAUGACCACGCUCCUGUGUUCAACCAGAGCCGGUACCAUGCCAUAAUUUCUGAGAGCCUUCCUCAGGGUAGCAAUAUCCUGCAGGUGUUUGCCACGGACGCGGAUGACGGCGACAACGGGCUUGUGUUAUAUGAGAUAAACCGUCGCCAGAGCGACCCAGAUCAGUACUUUGUCAUCGACCCUCGCUCUGGAAUCAUAACGCUAAACAAGCCUCUAGAUUAUGAGGUGCGGAAGGUCCAUGAACUGGUCGUGCAGGCACGGGACAAUGCAAGCCAUCCCGAGAUCACCAACGCGUUUGUCACUAUCCACGUCCGGGAUUACAACGAUAACCAACCCACUAUGACCAUCAUUUUCCUCAGCGAGGAUGGUUCACCCCGUAUCUCUGAAGGAGCCCAGCCAGGACAGUACGUGGCCAGAAUAUCGGUGUCUGACCCAGAUUAUGGAGAAUACUCCAAUGUCAACGUCUCACUGGAAGGAGGGGAUGGUAAAUUCGCCCUUACCACGAAAGACAGCAUCAUCUACCUCAUCUGUGUGGACCAAAUUCUGGAUCGUGAGGAGAGAGACUCUUAUGAACUUCGCGUCAUGGCAACAGAUUCUGGUACCCCACCACUCAGGGCCGAAUCCUCAUUUACCAUCCAAGUUACAGACGUCAACGAUAACCCUCCGCUCUUUGACCAGCAGGCCUACAAGCAAUCCAUUCCAGAGGUUGUCUACCCUGGGAGUUUCGUGCUUCAAGUGACGGCGCGAGAUAAGGACCAGGGCCCGAACGGUGAAGUACGUUACAGCAUCCUGCAAGAGACGGGCACCCACGCGGAGUGGUUUUCCAUCGAUCCUGUCACGGGCAUCAUCACCACGGCAACUGAACUGGAUUAUGAGACGGACCCUAAGCCGAGCGUGACGGUGCUGGCCACCGAUGGAGGAAGACCUCCCCUUUCGUCUUCAGCCAUCGUGGAAAUCAACCUACAGGAUAUUAAUGACAACGAGCCAAUCUUUGCGAGCAGCUUCUACAAUGUGUCCAUUAAAGAGAACACAGCUGCAGGAACCUGCUUCCUUGAGGUCACAGCCACUGAUGCGGACAGAGGUUCCUUUGGUGCUAUCACUUAUUCCAUAGGCUCUGGGACCAGCAGUACUACGCCCACCCAGUUCAGCAUCAACAAAGAGACUGGGGAGAUCUGCACCAGCGUGACGUUAGAUCGCGACCAAGGCUCGGCUAGCUAUGACUUCACAGUCACUGCGGUAGACGGGGGUGGAUUGAGUUCCUUAGCCUACGUGAAGGUGUCACUGUUGGAUAUUAAUGACAACAGACCAACCUUCUACCCUGUGCAUUAUGCUGUCAGCCUUAGCACUCAGAGCGCCCCAGGAACCUCUGUCGUCAGGGUAACGGCUCACGAUCCAGAUGCUGGUGAAAAUGGCAAAGUGACUUACCGUGUGGUUCCAGGGGGUGGCUCCUCCUUCUUCACUCUUAAUAAAGACACAGGAGUGAUAUCUUUGUCACGCUCUCUCCAUGGAAAAGCCAACUCUGUCAUCACCAUGGUGAUAUCAGCUCAGGACGGAGGGGGCCUUACGGCUCUGGUCAACGCCAGAGUCAACAUCAGCGUGGUGGCCGGCUCAGUGGCGCCCCCAGUGUUUGAACAGGCGCAGUACUUCUUCACCGUGACUGAGGACGUUCUGCGGGGCACCGAGGUUGGCGUGGUGCGCGCCAAUAGCAGGAACGGAGUCUCCAAGGAUGUGUCUUACACCAUCGCCUCAGGGGAUCCAGACGGCUACUUUAUGGUGGAUCCUGAAACAGGUGCUCUGAGAACCAGCCUGCCUUUGGAUCAUGAGGCUCGGCCCUCACUGGAUCUAGAGGUGCAGGCGCGUAGUGGGUCCCCUCCCGCUUUCGGACAAACACGGGUGAGGGUCACCAUAGCAGAUAUCAAUGACAACGCCCCAACGUUCUUGCCUUCUUCUUCUGAGUCACUGCUGCUUCCUGAGGCAACAAAGAUGGGUACCGUGGUUUACCGUGUGCAGGCUGAAGACCGCGAUUCAGGUCCCAAUGGGCAGCUGAGCUUUGACCUCGUGUCAGCCGAAGGGCAGCGUACGUUUGGGGUGGAACGUAGCAGUGGGGAGAUCCGUCUGAUUGGUAGUCUGUCUUAUGACAAUGUUCCACGCUAUGACCUUCAAGUGAUCGCCAAGGACAACGGUAUACCCCAGCUAAGUGCUACCUUCACUCUCGUGGUUCAUGUACAGGCAGAGAAUAAUCAAGGCCCUGUUUUUGACACACUCACCUACCGUGUGGAGCUGAAAGAGGGAACGCCGCUCAAUACCCGUUUCCUGCAAGUGCGAGCUCUAAACAGAGACGCGACAGGAACUAACGGUCCCAGCUCAGGCUCUACCUCCUCUGCCGCAUUGUCCUACCACCUCCGCCCUGAUGGAGACUCAGCAGGUUUUGGCAUCAUUCCGGACAGCGGCUGGCUGUUUGUGAAGAGUGCCCUAGAUAGGGAAGCCAAAGAUAUUUACCUCUUAACGGUGUUAGCCACCUCAGGCACCGGACAGAUGAAGAAAACCGGGAGUGCCACGGUGAGAGUUUCCGUAACAGAUGAGAACGAUAAUCCUCCACGACUCUCUCAGGAACGGGUUUUCCUGGCAGUCCGGGAGAACCUGCCCGCGGGAACGGGAUUCGGGAGGGUGACCGCCACCGACAGGGACACUGGCCUCAACAGCCGUCUCACCUAUAGACUCCUACACACCGAUCGAAACUUCCAGAUCAAUUCCCAGACAGGGGAGAUUAGUACCAGAGCAGCUCUGGAUCGAGAGCUCCAGUCCAGUUACCAGCUGGUUGUGGUGGUACAAGAUGGUGGAACCCCUCCCCGAAGUGCCACAGGGACAGCGCAUAUCACAGUUCUGGAUGAAAAUGAUAACGCACCAACAUUUAGUCACGCUCAUCCCGGCAGGGAGUUACUUUUUCAGGUGCAGGAAGGCCUGCCUGCCGGCUCUCUCCUUGGGACUGUUCAGGCCAAGGACCCAGAUGAGGGAGAGAAUGGCGCACUUUUCUAUUCUUUGUCGGGCUCCAGAGCCGAACGCUUCUCUCUGAACCCAAAUACCGGCGAAUUGCGUUCUUCGUCUCCUCUUAGGAGAGCAGAGAAAGCUGAAUACAGUUUUACUGUGACGGUGUCGGACCGUGGAUCACCCCCUCAUAGUACUUCUACUGUCCUGCGCAUACAGGUGAUGAGCUCAGCCAAGAUGCCCCCAAAGCCCAACACCCUCUCCAUGACCCUCAACUCUGUGGAGGGAGCCAAACCAGGCUCCAUCAUUGGUUCAGUGAGGUCACAUGACCCUAAGGAUGUGACAGUGGACGGCCAGGUGACCUAUUUGGUUGUGGGUGGCACGGAUCACGACAGCACGUUCAUGGUCGACCGUCUCACGGGUGACGUGUAUUUGGCCAGGGAGUUAGAUUACGAAAAGGGGGCCCACUACACCUUACAAAUCGAGGUGGAUGACUUCUCCAAGGCCUACCCCAGCAGUCACAUAAUCCAGUUAGACAUCAACGUUCAGGAUAGUAACGACCACGCACCGCAUUUUCCACAAGAUCCUGUCACCAUCGUCAUUCCGGAGAACAUGCAGCCAGGAUCUUCCAUCUACGCUUUCCAAGCCACGGAUAACGAUGGCAGUGGACCGAACAGUGAAGUGCGUUACUCGAUCCAGCACCGCUGGCCUGACAACGCGGAUCUCCUCACCUUAGACCCUGUCACUGGAGUGCUAACCUUGGGUCAGGAGUUGGACCAUGAGGUGACCUCGUCCCUUUUCCUGGUUGUGCGUGCCACUGACUUGGCUGUGGAUGUUUCUCAGAGGCUCUGGGGCACAGUGACAGCUCGCGUCUUCAUUACAGACGAGAACGAUAACGCCCCCAUCUUCAGCUCCCCGACUGCUGUAAGUGUGAUGGAGGACCAGCCUGUGGGCUUUGUCUUACUCUACGUUAUCGCUCAAGAUGCGGAUCAAGGAGAGAACGGCAGAGUCUCGUACCGGAUCCAGACUGGAAACACUGCGGGCCAAUUCAGCCUUAAUCCCAACACUGGUUCCCUUUCCAUCCUCAAAGCCCUGGACCGAGAAUUACAAGACAGCUACAAUUUGACUAUAGUCGCUGAGGAUCACGGGACACCCCAGCACUCCACCACCCAGGUGUUGUCCAUCCAAGUCAUUGACGUCAACGAUGAAGCACCAUGGUUUCAGAAGAGUGAAUUUGAGGCUCAGAUUCUGGAGAAUCAGCAGGCGGGAACCACCCUCCUCACUGUCUCUGCUUCAGACCGGGAUCAAGGCACAAAUGGACAGGUUACCUAUGGAGGCGUGAGUGAGGAUGGGUUUAUCAUUAAUCCAGAUACAGGAGCCAUUUCCGUGACCAAAGCUCUGGACAGGGAGGUUCAAAGUAUCUACACCUUGACAGUCUAUGCUAAAGAUGGAGGCAUGCCACCCAAUUUUGCCAAGGCCACGGUUCGUAUCAUUGUGCUGGAUGAGAAUGACAAUGCCCCUGCCUUUGGGAGGGUCCUUUAUAACCUAGAGGUCCCUGAGAAUCAGCAGCCCGUGGAGCUAUUCACAGUCAGAGCCACCGACAAAGACACGGGAGACAGCGGCAGACUGGAGUACAGGAUCCUGGCUGGAGAUCGCGACGGUGACUUCCAGUUGGACAGCACUUCAGGUGUUCUGUCCACUUCUCACGCCCUGGACAGAGAGAGGAAAGGCAGCUAUAACUUGGUUGUGGUGGCCCAAGAUCAUGGAACUCCUCCGCUCAGCAGUUCUACCACUGUGGAAAUCACUGUCUUGGAUGUCAAUGACAACAGCCCCAAGUUUGAUAGCAGUACCUACUCCAUAGAAGUCUCAGAAGAUGCUGCAGUUGGCUCUCUGGUACUGGACGUGACAGCCACGGAUGCAGACGAGGGCCAAAAUGGUAAAGUCCUCUACUUCCUGAGCCAUGAAGCCCACGGGGCAUUCACUGUGGAUCCAGACACAGGUCGAAUUGUCACAGCUGCGCCACUAGACCGCGAGAAACGGGCCUCUUAUAGCUUCCAGGUGUGCGCUGUUGACCUGUCCCCAUCUAUGCCCAGAAACACCACUGCCCAGGUGACCGUCACCAUUCUGGAUGUGAAUGACAACGCACCCUUCUUCAUCCAGGACCCUCUCAUCAUCAAUGUGUCCAGUGGGGGUGUGUCAACCCAUCAGGUCGUGGCUACUAUGAGAGCUGAGGACAAAGACUUUGGGGCCAACGGGUCAGUGUACUAUCGUUUCGCCACUCCGGUCCGAGGCUUCACCAUCAACUCUCUGACAGGGGAGAUCCAGGCUAUGGAAGCACUUCGGAGCCUCACUCAGUCCCAACGCACCCUUAUUGUGGAAGCCAUGGACCAAGGCAGCCCCGCCCAGUCCUCCCUGGGGGUGGUGAUCAUUUAUGUAAGGGAGCAGGAUUACACAGGCAUUCGUUUCUCGCGGACCGCCAGAGACGUCAACAUCCAGGAGAAUGCAGCCAAAGGCACAGCUGUGGCACACGCACAGGCCCAAUACCCAGACGGCUCACGCAAAGGCAUCACGUACAGCAUCUUCAGUGGAAACAGACAGCAGUCAUUUAGCAUCAGCUCCAACACUGGUGAGAUCUGGGUACAGAGCUCCAACGGCCUAGAUUUUGAGGACACCCCAAGACUCCGCCUAGUGGUCAAGGCUGAAACUGCAUCCUCCAGCUCUUUCAUGGCCAUAAACCUCAUUCUGCAAGAUGUCAAUGACAACUUGCCUCGCUUCCAACUGCAGAACUACGUGGCGUACAUGCGUGAAGCACAGGGCUAUGACCUCCCCAUCAUACAGGUUGUGGCUGAGGAUGUAGACCAGGGCCAGAAUGGUCAGGUGACCUACUCCAUCCAAUCAUCUAGCAUGAGUGGCCUCUUUAAGAUUGAUCCCCUGACCGGCAGCGUCACCACGGCAGCCAUUAUGGACCGAGAGAUCUGGACGCAUACCAAGUUGGUCAUUACGGCAACAGAUCGUGGCAACCCCAAGCUAGCCGGCUCAGCUACCCUCACAGUGAUCAUAGUCGAUCUGAACGACAACAGUCCCACAAUCCCUCUGCCACGGGAAGUGCGAGUAGCCGAGAACUCACUUAUCGGCACAGAGAUCACCUUGGUAACAGGAAACGAUGUGGACUCGGGCCCAGCACUGUCUUACUCCCUCCAUCUAGAUGCGUCUUCGCAAGGCAAGUUUGACAUCCACCGCUACAAUGGGCGUGUGUCCCUGACUGCCCCAUUGGACUUUGAAGAGAGGACCUGGUACACGUUGACCAUCCGAGCCUCUGAUUCCAAACACCAGAGUGAGGCCAACCUCACAGUGCUGGUGGAGGACGUGAAUGACAAUGCACCUACGUUUACACAGGAUCUGUAUCAGGUAACACUGUUGGAGCAUUCUCCACCAGGCAGUCCUGUUGUCACAGUGACUGCUACUGAUCGAGACUCGGGUGAGAAUGGAAGGGUCACUUACCGAGUGAUGUCAGCAACCAGAGAAGGCUUUUACAUUGAUCCCAGAAACGGCACAUUGUUUAUCAACCACAAAGCGGAGUUCGAUCCUGAGCGUCCUUCAGUAAGUGUGAUCAUUGAGGCUCGAGAUGGAGGAACUCCAGCCCUAUCCUCCAUUGCCACUGUCCAGGUUCAGCUGACAGAUGUCAACGACAAUGUUCCAAUGUUCCACCAGUCAGAGUACAGAGCCACUGUAUCAGAGGACCAGCUUCCUGGGGCCACCAUCUUGACCUUGGAGGCAGUAGAUGGAGACUUAUCACAGGAAAAUGCUGGUUUUGAUUUUGCCAUUGCAAGUGGCAACGUGGGGAAUGCCUUUCAGAUCGAGAGCAGUGUGCGCUUCAUAGAGGGGCAUGGUUUCCAGACAGUGGGUACCCUGAUUUUGGCUGAGAUGCUUGAUUUUGAAGCACUGUCAAGUUAUAACCUCACAAUUGUUGUGUCUGAUCGUGGUGUACCUCAGCGUAGCUCCAGUGUUCCAGCCGUAAUCACUGUUCAAGAUGUCAAUGACAACCCUCCUGUCUUCAGCCGUUCUGACUAUACUGUCACUCUUAGUGAGGGGGCAGCAGCUGGCACUGAGAUCUUACGGCUGUCUGCUGCAGACCCAGACUCGGCGCCCAAUGCAGAGAUCCGGUACAGCAUCAGCUCUGGAAAUGAGAUGGAGCUCUUCUUGGUAGAUCAGUGGACUGGAGCAGUAAGGCUGCAGCGGCCACUCGACCGUGAAAGUCAAUCAUCUCAUGUGGUUAUUGUGCAAGCCUCAGAUGGCCAUGGCCAUUUUGCUUUAGCUCCUGUAAGCGUGGAAGUGAAAGACGUCAAUGAUAACAGGCCUUAUUUCCCACUUCAGACUAUGACAGCAAGCGUUCGUGAAAACCAGCCACCUAAUUCUGCUGUGACAGUUUUACACGCUAUUGACUAUGACACUGGUGUCUACGGUCAGCUAAAAUAUUUCAUGAUGGACAGAUCUGGUUUAGGAAAGGAUAACUUCAUUGUUGACCAGAACUCUGGGGAGGUGCGUGCUAAACAGACCUUUGACUUUGAGAAGGUGAGCUCCUUCAACUUUAUUGCCUUGGCUGUGGAUGCAGGAAACAACUCUGCUACAGUUACAGUACAAGUGUUUGUCACAGGAGAAGAUGAAUAUGACCCACUCUUUACUACUACAGAGUUCUCCUUCGAGGUUCCUGAGGGGGCUAAGAAAGGCCAGAGUAUUGGUCAAGUGCAAGCUAGCGAUGAAGAUGGUGGAGUAGAUGGAAUUGUCCUCUACUCCUUUGUCAACAACUCUCCUUAUUUCGAUGUCAACAAGACCACAGGCGUGAUCUUCCUAAAGAUGGACAGCUCUGGAAGCCACAGUGGCAGUAGUCGCUCCAAAAGAGAGACUCGCCUUAUGACCCUGGAUGUAACAGCCCACAGUCCCUUGGAAACAUCUCGAGUUGCAACUGCCCAGCUCACGAUCGAUGUCACUAAUACCUCUUUUGGAUUAGUACAAGACCUUAACAUCCUCCUUGUUAGCAUCAUUGCAGUCUCCCUGGGGGUUAUUGUCAUUUUAAUAAUAAUUGCUGUGGCCCUGUAUGUGGUGAAAUCUAAGCGCAGGAGGAAAGGGAAAGAAUCAGGAAACAGGGCUGUUGCUUCAGGAACAGCAUUACAAAAGUUGGAUGAAUCCAAAUCCGCUGGAGGUGAAAGGAUCUACCAUCAGACUUUGCCUGGGUAUGCUGGUGACCAGGGAGGGACAGUUGCCACAUCCUAUCCUAGAGGUGGUUCUUUGGACCCCUCCCAUUCCAGCGGUAGAGGCUCAGCUGAAGCAGCAGAGGAUGAUGAGAUCCGGAUGAUCAACGAAUAUCCAAGAGUGGCCAGCAUCACCUCCUCCAUGCAGGAGCACAUUUCUGCUCGAGGACCUGACUCAGGCAUCCAGCAAGACGCAGACCAGCUCUCUGACAUCUCCUGUGAGCCUGGACCUUUAGACGCCAGCCAGUGGUUCAAAGGCAAAAAGCUGGGGAGCCUUAGUGGUACCCUACUCUCUGGCCAGCUCCCCGUCUACAGGGAUGAAGGCGGUGGUUACCUAGGAGUGGGACGAGGUCUUAACAUCUCCCAUCAGAAAGAUUACGCCUUCCCUGAAGAUGGCAAACCAUCAGUAGACGGCUCUCUCACAGCCAUUGUGGCAAGUGAUGAGGAGUUACGAGGCAGCUACAACUGGGAUUACCUGCUCAACUGGUGUCCACAGUUCCAGCCUCUGGCCAAUGUCUUUACUGAGAUUGCCCGACUAAAAGAUGAGAGCAUACAACCAAACAACCCACGACGACCUUUCCAGCCAAAACCGAAGACAGAACCCAAGCCCAGAAUUGAUCCACCUCCUCUCAUCACCUCAGUGGCUCACCCAGGAGCUAAGUCUGUACCGCCUAAGCCCGCUAUCGGAAGGACGUUUCCACACCUUUCGUCCCUACGGCGUUCCCCCAUCAGUCAUGAGGGCUCCAUCUCUUCGGCAGCCAUGUCGCCAAGUUUCUCCCCCUCCCUGUCUCCACUAGCUGCAAGAUCACCAGCUGUUUCUCCUUUUGGUGUCACACAAGGUCCCUCGGCCUCCAUGAUCAGUUCUACAGAACACUCUUUGGAGCAAAGUGAGGAGGCUGAGAUGAGGAUCUAAUAUUGCUGGACCCAGUUUUCCGGAAGCCGCAUCCUUGUGUCGGUCAAGUUGGUUUCCUUUUGUGAACAUGCAGACAAUGUCUCUGCGUAAAAAGAUAAUGGGAUGGAAAAGACCCUUACUUUGGAGGUCAUUGUGACGCAGGUCUCUGAUAACGGUAAAGGGUUACAAAAGUGCGUACCAUUGUGGAAUUGACAAUACCCUUUUGUCAGAGCUGCCUUAGUUUUUUUUUUUUAUGUCUGAGCAUUUCUGUGUUGUUUUGUGUCACCUCGCUGGCUGGCCAGGGAGAUAAGGAUUAAGUAUUCUUUUGUUUCUAAUGUUGACGGCUUUUGAAACUCUUCCAGUGGUGUACUGAGCCUGUUCAAAAUGGCUGCUAUCACCCCUCACAUAGGACCUCUUUAAUAAAUGCACAUUGUUGUGAAACGAGAACUCUCGGUUCUUAGACUGAACUUUUAUUUGGACACCAUAUGCAGACUAUGGAUGGAAGCUGAUGAAACACUUUUUCCAUGCAUCAUAUAUUUUUAAGGACUUUUUGUUUCUGGUGAAAAAAAAUACUCAAGUGAAGAGGCUCACAUUACAUUGUAUUUACGUAGUGUUAAUGUAUAUAUGUAUGUAUGCUAGUUACAGUACAUAUGUCAAACUGUAUAGUU